AAAAACAAACAGUAUAAGGAAUAUAGGAAAGAGAAACAUUUCAGUGAUUCUAAUCAUAACACAAAAUACAAUUUUCAUUUUAGCACGUCCAUCACAGUUUCCCAAGUGCACCAGCAAAAAUGCCAGGGCACCCAUGUCGCACUGGUCCCAGCUGUAGAAGUGACUGUUAUUUCUGUCUGGACCACUUUAGUCUAUGAGGCCUCGGCAAGAAAGUAUGUAGCGCUCCUAUCCAGGCCUAGGGUCUGUAAUGAGGACCAUCAAGAGAUUGUAAUGGACCCUCUGUAGGUCCGGUAACAACCCGGACCCUCAGAGUUCCUCCUUCUUGCUCAUACAGACCAUAAAUGUUUUCUAAAAGGUCAGUGAGAUGAAACAGGAUUGGAAUUUUUAGGCAUUGCCGUGACAUGUUGACAUCAAUAUUAAUCAGGUCACAAGAUUUUGUUUGGAUAAUCCCAGGCCAUGCUGAUAAACUGGCCUACACCACGCCGUAGUGACCCACUAGCUGAUUUCCUUUGGGAGACAUCAUUAAUUCUCACGUCUGCCCAGGCAUAAAAAAAAAUUAUAAUCCCCAGCUUUAAACACCAUGAAUUAAGCCAAAUUAACUAGCACAAGGUUACAAGCUGCUUCCUUCGGUUACACGGGAGACACAGUAAUCUCCUUCGACAAGUUAAGUUAUUAUAUUGGACUGCGAAUAGUCAUCUUCUAAUCCCAACAUUGCAAGCUUUAACUCCUGGACGGCAUAGAUCUGGGUGCCCAUCUGUCACUCUCCCCCUCCACGGUUCUCUCUGUCCCAAUUUACUUGUCACUUUCAUGUGCAUGAAUUCCACCCACUUCCAGAAUAUAAUUGCCAUAGAGUCACCCAGCGGACCCCACCAGAUGCACAAGGCUUUUCACUAAUGAUGUUCACAUGCACGAUCUCCAUUUGUUCUUCAGAGCACCGACCACAACGCGUGUUAGAGCCUAGAGCUACGGAAUGUGGUAGAUACUCAAAGAAUGCAACGAUUAUAGUCUAGAGGCCAAUCACUAUGCCUUGUUUUAUGGAAGCUCUCUACUGGGGAGAAGAGUGACUGGCAGGAUGGGUAAUGUGGGCAAUCAUGGCCAAAGCCUUCACAUAGAGGUCAAUUCAAAAUGUGGAGUGUUUAUAGAGUUGAAGGUGACCACGAGGACCAUCAAAGCUCACAUUGUGGACGGUGAUAAAAACCGCGACGUAAACAAAGACGUAAGAGCUGGAUAAUAUAAGUCUGAUAUCUCUAGAAGCCUCCUCUGAUUAGCCUUCGAACCUUGAAGAGCCAGAUAAUAUGUCUGUUAUCUCUAGAAGCCUCUUCUGAUUGGCCUUAGAGCCUUGAAGAGCCGGAUAAUAUAAGUCUGAUAUCUCUAGAAGCCUCCUCUGGUUGGCCUUAGAACCUUGAAGAGCUGGAUAAUAUAAGUCUGAUAUCUCUAGAAGCCUCCUCUGGUUGGCCUCAGAACCUUGAAGAGCCGGAUAAUUUAAGUCUGAUAUCUCUAGAAGCCUCCUCUGGUUGGCCUUAGAACCUUAAAGAGCAGGAUAAUAUAAGUCUGAUAUCUCUAGAAGCCUCCUCUGGUUGGCCUUAGAACCUUAAAGAGCCGGAUAAUAUAAGUCUGAUAUCUCUAGAAGCCUCCUCUGGUUGGCCUUAGAACCUUGAAGAGCCGGAUAAUAUAAGUCUGAUAUCUCUAGAAGCCUCCUCUGGUUGGCCUUAUAACCUUGAAGAGCCGGAUAAUAUAAGUCUGAUAUCUCUAGAAGCCUCCUCUGGUUGGCCUCAGAACCUUGAAGAGCUGGAUAAUAUAAGUCUGCUAUCUCUAGAAGCCUCCUCUGGUUGGCCUUAGAACCCCGAAGAGCCGGAUGAAAAUCAAGACAAGGACAUCCCACCGGUAUAAGAAGACAUUAAAUGAAUGGACUAGCCCAUACAUUUAAGAGCAGGCGGCUAAUAUUACUGGAGCCCAACUGCUGUUUCCAUAUCCCAAACUGAUUCACCAGAUGUCCCGGCAGAAGGGGGGGGCUCUUAAUUCAGCAGAUGUUUAGAGUCCGAGAGGAGGCAUGUGAUAUAAUCUGUCUUAUCCUCUUUCUGGUGAUCUCUAAAACCAAUCCACUCCCAUAGCUCCUGUGGCGUCCAUCAUCUACGCUCCUCUCUUGUCCAUGUCAACAUCUACCUCUAUCAUAGCCUUUUUUUAAUCAACUGAUCUUAUUGUUUAGAGUACGCGGUCCGUACCCUUGUCCUUCGUUGUGUCUUCUUCAACGUUCUUCCUCAUCCUUCGGAAAAAAAGGCUGACCCUUGAGAGACCUUCAUCACCCAACGCUGCUCUACCCUUGUAGCUCCAUUGCUCACCGAACUGUCUGCAUUCUGUUUUCUGUCUUUUGAUUCUUGUUGGGCGAUCCCGUGUAGGGAAGAAGGGUUCAAGUUCCGGGAAAAAGGCGGUAGGAGCGGUGUCGAGGUUUCGCCGGAAGCUUGCUGUAACAGACCCCGAGUUGGCAUUACCGGUCCUGACCCUUGGCACUGGCAUGCAGGGAUUUGGCCCAGCUUGUAUCUUCCUACGUAAGGGCAUUGCGGAGAAGCAGGGGUAUCGGGAGUUGGGAACAGACGAGAUUGAAGAGCUCCGUGAUGCCUUUGUAGAGUUUGACAAGGACAAAGAUGGCUUCAUCACCUGCAAGGACCUCGGCAACCUGAUGAGGAUUAUGGGAUACAUGCCGACGGAGAUGGAGCUCAUCGAGUUAUCGCAGCAAAUCAACAUGAACCUUGGUGGUCGGGUGGACUUCCAAGACUUUGUGGAUCUGAUGACUCCAAAGCUGCUGGAGGAGACGGCGGGGAUGAUCGGGGUGAAGGAACUCCGAGACGCCUUCAAAGAGUUUGAUGCGAAUGGAGAUGGGGAGAUCACCUUGGAGGAGCUCCAGCAAGCCAUGCAAAGGCUUCUAGGAGAGAAGCUGACCAAUAAUGAAAUUGCUGACGUAGUGAGAGAAGCCGAUCUGAACGGCGACGGGACGGUGGACUUUGAAGAGUUUGUCCGGAUGAUGUCACGCUGACCUUUCACCUUUCUCUGCCUGAUAUGAAUGCCGCGUGUGACCGACGUUGCCGACCGUCCUCGAGAAGAAGGUGGACGUUGCGCAGAAUGUCUGAACUCAACUCAUCUCAUAAUCUAGGCCACAAUAAGAACCCAUCUACAUGUGUUAUGUAUGAUAUUCAUCCCCCCGUCUAUGACAUCCAUUCAUAGAUAUCCAAGAGCUUUUGUGUAUCAAUAAAGUUGAUUUUUGUAGA